AACCCACAGCAUCCGGGCAGCUCAAGUUCCCAUGCGCAUCAACUCGGCCAGAGCUAUCUGAAGGGCGACACGGGGAGGAUUCGCUUAUUUGGGAACCAGCCAGAACGUCGACCACCGCAUUGCAUCAUGUCAUAUCGUCCUCCGCGGGAGGGCUACCAGCCGCCAUCGCUCGGGCUCCCUGCAAAGCCUCCGCCGCCGGUUGACAAUCGUUUAUCCAAGUCGCCGGCGAGAAGACGCGAUGUGCCCCCUGCCGUGCCAUCGCCACCUUCACACUCGACCCGGACGUCACCUCCUCGGGCACACUCGACCAAGAGCGUAGCGUCACCGGCAACAGCACCUCCGCCGUCGAGCCCCCAAAAACUGCCGGUCGCGCGUCCCGAUCAGUGGUACUUCACGCCCGACGAAGUAGCGAGCACACCCAGCAUCAUAGACGGACUCUCUGUGUCGGAGGAACGACUAAGAAGGGCCAAAGGUGUCAACUUUAUUUUCCAGGCUGGCAUCAUGCUUGACCUUCCGCAAAUCACGUUGUGGGUUGCAGGCGUGUUUUUCCACCGCUUUUACAUGCGAAGGAGCAUGGUGGAAGAGAAGGGUGGUAUCCAUCAUUACAACAUCGCUGCCACAGCGCUCUUUCUCGCGAACAAGACAGAAGAGAACUGCCGUAAAACAAAAGAUUUGAUCAUCGCGGUCGCCAAAGUCGCCCAGAAGAAUACGAAGCUAAUCAUCGACGAACAAAGUAAAGAAUAUUGGCGGUGGCGCGACAGUAUUCUCAACUACGAGGAGGUGAUGCUGGAGCAGUUGACAUUUGAUCUUAUGGUGGGAAUUCCAUACCACCCACUAUACGAGUUUCUUAAUACGCUGGAGCAGGACAUUCCUCUGCAGCAACAAGAAAACAGCCAACAGCAGCAAGACGUCUCCAAGCAAAAGCAGCACCUGGUUCGCAACAAGGCCUUCCGUAACGCCGCAUGGACUUAUUGCAACGACGUGUGCCUCACAGUCUUGCCCUUGCUACUUAACGCGCGCGACAUCGCCAUCAGCGCCAUUUUUUUCGCCGCUUCCAUCCUUAAGGAGAAAGUGGACGACGUCGAUGGGGAGGCGUGGUGGAAAUACCUUAAGGGGGAUGAGGGCAAGGUCUGCAUGGCUAUGGAUGUCAUUACCGAGUUCUAUAAGGAGAACCCGUUGAGGAAACAAGAUAACAGGAUGUCUCCGUCACCUACGUUCAACCUCGAGAGCACUAGGCGUAGACUCGGAACGGCAUCCAGCCAGCAAGAGGGCGACGGUACUCCGAUGGACACAGAUCGCGGUACACAGAGCCCUAGGAGCUCCAGUGACCGCGAUCGCGCUAACGGUAAUAGCAACGGCACAUUGGAGGAGGAUGAGGAGAGGUCGCAGCGACAUCAUGUCAAGCAGGAAGACGGGACAUCAGCUUCGGAUGCUCAGAACGGUUCAACGACGAAGAACUCUUCAGAGGCUAAGACAGGUUCGGUCAUCAAGAGCGAACCGGACAGCGCUACUUCUGGUCUCGAUGCAAAGACAGAGCAGGCACCGGUGUCGUCUUUGCAAUUAGACAGAGGAGACUCCGAUGCGUCGCUAAAAGAAGCCGCCAAUAAUUUGGCGAUACACGAAGGAGAACCGGACCACAGAGGACUACAGUCGCCCUCCGACACGAAGCGUAAGAGCUCCGUGUCCGAUCCGGCAGCGGAAGGCGAACCGGAAAGGAAGCGGGCUCGGACCGUGGCGAGCGAUGAGGAUGAAGGGGAAAUCAACGGGAAUUAGCGUUGCAGGUCGUGAUUUUUCUGCCCACCUCCGCCGGAUCUUGCAGUUGUUUCUCCGAACUCGGGUUUGUUACUUUGGCUUAUAUGGUAGUCGGCGGUUUCAGGCGUCAGCGGUGGGGGUCUAAAGGGGGCGCUCUUGAAUUUACAUGGAAUGAAUUGGCUGGCGAGCAUGGAAAAUGCACUGGGUAUUCUUCGAUCACACUUCCCCAGACUCGUGGGUGUAACGGGGGUCUCUUGAUCAGGCAGUGCGGCGACAUAUCAGGACGGUGUUUAAUUUGUAUGAUAUCCUGUAAAA